GGAAUUUGGAAUUUGCAAUUUUAAAAGAAUAAAGAAGAGAAAAAAAAGACCCACAAAGAGUCGCCCAUGAAAAUGACUCUGCUUUCUUCAAUCCUUCUUCUUCUUCCACUGCCAUAAUCAUACCGCAACCUCCAUUUUCCUCACCUUCUAUUUCUCUCUCUCUCUCUCUCUCUCUCUCUCUCUCUCUCUCCCUCCUCUUCUCCAUUUCCAAUUCAUCAUGAUCGGCACCGCCCGCAAGCUUCUCUCAAGCCCUACUGAAUCCCCUGAUUUUAGGGCUUUGAAUACCACCAUGGAAUUCUCUUCUCCUUCUCCAACCAGGUCCUCCAGACCCGCUCUCAAUCACGAUAUCUUCAGGAGUUGGAAUGGUAAGCAGAUUCAUCUCAGGGAUGAUCAUCCCUUCGAAUAUGGGUUUCGUUUAACUAGUCCUCAACGGAGCCCUCAGUUUUACCGAUCCAAUUACCACACUCUGUCUCCGCCGUCCAAGGCUCUCGCUAUCGCUACCGGGCAGAAGGAGCUCAUGGAAAUUGUGAAUAAUAUGCCGGAGUCGUGUUACGAAUUGUCGUUGAGAGAUUUGGUGGAGCAGCCGAUGGUUGUAGGGCAACGAGAAGACACUGGAGUGGAUGAGAGGGAUUCUAAUCUUGGCGGCCAUCGGGAGGUCUUUUCGAGGGAGAAUCGGAAAUCCAGGAAGGAAACUAGGGCUUUGGUUGGUAGGAGUAGUAUGGAGAAUGAAGGUUUGUAUCUGAAAAUGGGGUUUCCGAAAUCGAUUGGAACUACGACGAGGAAGAAGAAAAAGAAGAAUGAUUCUAGUUUGAAUAUGAGUGCUAAAGUUUCUCCUAAACCUCCUCAGUUGGUGGAAAAGGAUUGGUGGAAGAGAAGACUCUCAGUUUCAUCUGAGAGUGAAAGCGUUUCUUAUGGUUCUAAUGUUAACAAUGGAAGCAUCAAGAGCAGUAGCAGUAGUAGCAGCAAUGGCAGCAACAAGAGUAGAACAAAAUCCACUGGCAGGCGUGCGAAGGGAGGUUGCUGGUCAUGGAUUUAUCCCAAAUAUCAUGAACGAGAUGAAUGAACAAGAGACUGCUCUGCCAUGCACUCGAACAAAGUAAAAAGCAGAAGCCAUAGGUAUAUAAGGUUAUGGAAAUGAAGGCAUUGAUUUUACAGCGUUUGUAAAUUCCCUUUCAGUUUCUCAACGAAAAUGCUUCUUUUUUUUUUUUUUUUUUUUUUGUUUGCCUUUUUUUGGUUCUUUAAUACAUAUGUAUGCCCUAUGUCCUCAGGGUUUCUCUUCUUUAAGCUAAUUGAUAGAAUGAAUCUCCUUUUUCAAUUAA